AACAUGAUUGAACUACUUCUAACGAUAGUUCCUUCGGUAUGUUGGUUGUUGUAUCGAUGUUACCAACUUCUUCAAACCCCGGUGGAGUCUUUAGUUGAAGAUUUGAAUAUAGAAAUACCUCACAGUCCAAAUAUUUGUAUUGAUUCAAUACAAAAAUCAUCGGUUGUAAUUCAUUGGGAUAUUGAAAUGAAUAAAAGUGAAAACUUGUAUUAUGUGUUGUUGGUGAACAAUAAGGAAGCUGCAUGUUUAACACUCAAUUCAUGUAAGUUGAAUAAUUUGGUUGAAAAUAAAUUAUAUCAAAUUCAAGUUAUUGCCAUUAAUUCAAUAACCAACUUCAGGUCCCAGUCAACCCCGGUAUUC